UGACCAACCAAUUUCCCCAAAUCUACUCAAUCAACGAGGUUUGUUGUUAUUAUCCAUGUAGCCAAUGGAUUACACGUGCGAACUCUAUGCUAUAGAAUCGUAAAACGCCCAAAAUGGUAAAUGAGAAUAUGUUUAUCGCGCUUAACUUUUUCGUUCACGGUUUGACCCGCCAUCGCUACCCCGAAAUAAACAAAUCUGAACAAAGCCGCAAUGGCCGACUGCAACACAGACUUGGUUGUAGUUAAACUUCUCUGACGUCGACGACUCACUCAGUCACAAUGACAAAGACUCACUCGCAGAAUUCCCGUAGUUUUUAAAACUGCGUUGACAUGUUGACUUGGAGUUAGUCUUCAGUCAAAGUGAAAGAUUCUUUAAAAUGUAAAAACAAUAUUUUUUAUUAAAGUCAGAAAAGUUGCUCCACACUCUGACUGUUUAACCUCCCACUCACCCUUUUAUUUGAUGUUUAAUUUUCAUUUUGUAUCCUAGUCCUAGCGCUGUUCUAUAGUAUAAUAUAGUAUAAGUAUAGUAUAGUUACAAUUUUAGGCCUUGGUGAAAAAGUUAGUGGCUUAGUCCCUACUAAUUACAUAUUACUGCUACUAAUAGUAGUAGAAGCCUAUUAUAUCUAGCCCAUAUUCAUAAUUUAUAAAAUAUAAGCGAAGUGCAAAAUUUGUAGGUUAAGGGGAGGUGUGGGUGAAAAAUCUAAAAUGUUUGUUUGGCUUCAUAUUGAAUCAUAUAGGAUCUUUUUUUACCUACACCUUAUUUGGUACUGUCAUGAGUAUUGGAGGUACAAAACAGGUUUAAAAAAAACGAAGUGCCUACACGUCCGGCGCGGACGUGUAGUGCGCAAGAUAUACGUCCGGCGGCUUGUCACAUGACCGCCGGACGUGGCCGGACGGCUAGUAGUUUUUAUAAUUCCAAACGAAGUAUAAUUUGGUACAUCUUGUGUGGGCUUGUGGUAGAGUGGUUGCUUGACGAAAGGAAGCUUUGAGGAUCUAUACCGGGGAUAGGGUCGUUUUUUUUCCCCCAUUUUAAUUCAAAAUAUUUUGUAUAUAUUUAUAUUAUCAUGUUCCUCAGCAACAGUAGUUUCAUGAGAAGUUUUUAAAUAUUUUGUAGCAAUUGAAACAAUUUAAAAUGAAAUCUUUUACUUUUAUUGGUUGGCUACUCCACACUGGCCCCAAAUUUAUUUUAUGGAUUACUGGUACACAAACACAAAUAAGAAACUAAACAAAAAUGUUUACAAGCCACUUUCACUUAAGUUUUUUUUCUUUCUAUUAUUUGCAUUCAAGAUACUCAGUACAUUACUUGGUAGAGAAAUAGAUUUUAAAAUUAACAAUAGUUUUGAAUUAUUCACGUGACAAGGCUGACCGACAAGAUAUCUCUCGCCACUUUGUUACGGCGGUCAUGUGACUUGGUCGCCGGACAAAUAGUGCGGGAGAUAGACGUCCGGCGCGCCGGACGUGUAGACACUGCCUAAAAAAAAAUUCCAUUGGUUGCGUUUGUAACCCAUAAAAACCUCCGCCAUUUUUAUUUUUAAAGUUUUUUUUUUAAAACACUAAGGCUAAGGCUUUUACUUUUACAAAUAUUAAGUUAUUGCCAUCAGAUUUUAAACAUAGAUUAUUUAACCUAUAAUAAAACUUUGUGUAACAGGAUUUUUUGAUGUAAGGACUAGUUUUAAAUCAACAACAGGGUCACAAAUUGUGACCCCAUUUUUUAAAGCAAAAAAUAGGGGUGUGGGUAAAUUCUUUUUUACAUAUUUUCUUUUCUCAGAUAGAUAUCUUAAUUCUAGGUUAUUAAAAUGUUUAUUAUUGGUCACUGAAGAUAUUGUGAAAAUUUGGUGAGGUUCGGAUAAUAAAUAAAAAAGUUAUAGGGAUAUUGGUGACCAAAAAUAUUGAAAAUGAGAAAACUGAAAUAAUGAAGAAAAACGACAAAAACAAUGAAAAUAUCAAAUGAAAAAUAAGAAAUUUUUAUUCAGAUUAUACAGAUUGGAAUGAAAACUUUGGUAAAUGUUGAGGAUGAAUGCCACUAUUUUAUGGAUGGGCGCCAUCUUGGUUGACACAACUAGUUAAUUCUGUCACUAAUGUAUCCCUAAAUCGAUUCCUAUGCCAACCUGAACCCUAAAUGGAUCCCUAUGCCUAACCUGAACCCUAAAUCGAUCCUUUAACCUAACCUAAACCCUAAUUCACUGUAACUAUAAUAAAAAAGCAAAUGACGCCAUGGCAUUCAUGCUCAACAUUAGCCAAAAGUUUUUAUUAGCCUAAAGUGGACAUUCUUUAAAUCCUUUUCCAGGUCCUUUUGUCUUUUUUUCCUGAUCACUCAACUUUUCACUGAAUGACUGCAAUUGUUGUAUUUUUAUCUAUUAUUCUGUUUUUGUUGAAAAAAUAAUAAUUCGCUUACUUUAGAGAAUUUCAGCAUUAUAAAUUAUAAAAGUGUGAAAAACCAUAAAACUAAGCUAUGUAAAGUGCAAUUCCAAAGUGUUAUUCAGCAUUCUCCAUGUAUGCUGAAAAUGCAACUCUUGGUCUUUAAAAAAAAAUUGUAAUAUCUAUGAGUUCUAAUAACACAAUGAAUAUUGACUGUUGUAAAUUUUCUGAUUUCUAUCUCACAACUUUUGAAUGUAUUUUUACCCAAAGCAUAUUAACAUGUUUUUUGUGUGAGCCAGAAAACUCAUGAGCAAUAACUCCAUUGUAAAAUCUAAUUAGUUACUGUAUCAAAUUUUAACACUAAUCAUGUUGAAAAUCACAUCACAUACAGAUAACAUAUUGAAACAAGGGAAUUAUUGAUGUUCCUUCUAACUGCAGUCUUAUUCUUUUUGUCCUUGAAUAACACAUGAUGAGCCUUGUGAUGUAAUCUGUGUUAGUCUUCUCUUGCAUCAUCUGCCUGAGUUUACUUUUAUUUCUAUGCAUCAAACAUAUGUUGCGAAGAGGAAUCUGUAACAAUUGGAAUACAUACUUAGGGCACUCCUUUUUCAUGUACAAAUUGUCAUUAGGGCUAAAUGGACUAAGGAACAACAGAUCAGUGUAGUUUAUCAACAGGAAAUAUAAUGCGUGUUGUGUUCUGGUGUAUUCUGCAAACUCAUUGCACGUCUCCUCAAUCGUUCCUGAAAACAAUAAACUUGUCGUUAGAUAUUUUAAUUAAAUUCUUCUCAACAAAAAUAUAAGGCUAUAAGGACAUUAGUUACAGAUAGGUCAUACUUGUUGACAAGUAUUUCACACAAAAUUUUUUAGGGCUCUUAUUUUACUUCAGAAUAAAAUAACACCAAUGACAAUGUCAUUUGUGCUGCGAUAAAAAAAAUGAUAAAUUAAAAAUAUUACCAUUUUAAUAGCUAUAAAUAUAAGACAAUGUAAGUCAAAUAUCACAAUUAAUAAAUACAUCAAUUGUUUAUUAGGUUUUAUUUUUACCACUAUCACUAAACUAAAAUAGUGUUUACUAAUAAUAAAAAAGUAAAAGUAUAAGGCUUCAUUCAAUCGUCUACAGCAGUGGUUCCCAAACUUUUAAGUUUGGCGGAACGGUGAACAAGUUUCAAAAUUUUACCAGGGACCGGUGCAUGAUUUAUUUUUAUACUUUUAUUUCUAUUUGACAAUAAAUAUUUAUGUUAUGGGGACCGGCAGAGUAUGGCAUGCGGACCGGUGAAGGUCCAUGGACAGCCAUUUGGGGACCACUGGUCUACAGCAUAGGUUUAGCCUUAGGAAUAAUUGAUACUGUACUUUAAAUUUGAAUCUAAGUGGGGCGUCCAUUAAUUACGUCAACAAUUUUGAAUCAAUUUUUGAGGCCCCCCCCCCAAAAAAAGUAAUUAUGUCAACAUUUCUAUAACCCCCCCCCCUCCCCCCCAUGAAUUAUAAUGUAAAUAAAAAUAUUUUAUUUUAUCUUUAACUUGUUAAUUAACAAGUUGACAUUUUACAUAACUAAAAAUUACAUAAAUAUUUUAAUUUGCCCUAAAUAAAUUUGUUAAAAUGAUGUAAUAAAGUCAAUUGUUAAAAUAAAAAGUUAAAUAAAGAAAACAUGAUUGUUAACAUCAACUAUUUUAAACCACCCCCCAACCCUCCCCCCCUCACCUUUGUUUACAUAAUUAAUGGAACAUCCAUAACUGAAAAGAGAUUUGAAGACUUACCGUUAUUAUUAGCAUGGUAUUUUUCUAUCUUCUUCCUGCUAGUGAAGUAGCGUAGCGGUGCUUGAACUUGAUGAAGUGACUAGGAGUAGGAGUCUUUAGUUUUAGUAGUUUAGUGUACUCAGUCUUAAUCUUCUCCAAAAAAGGAGAAGUAGAAUUAAUCAUGUUUUUCAUGGCAAUUAAUCAACGCCAACUCAUUUUGCUUGGUUAUUUACUUAUUUAGUUUUUUUUACUGCCUCAAAUGUUUUUAUUUGCAACAAAUUACGUAUAAUAUGAUAUCGAAAUUGCUAGGCCUCACGAAAUUAGCAAGGAUUAGUUUAUACCAGAAGUAGUUAUUACAAACAGAGUUCCUACACAGGAACCAAUCAAAAUGCUUGUUUUAUUCAAAGUUCAGGGCUAGAUCAAAUGAUACAAGAAGUAGGACAGGAAAAUACCAAAUUUUGAUAGACAUUACCGGCGAUAAAAAGGAUCGGUUGCUUUCGUAAUUUUCUUUAUGACGAUGAGCUAUAUUUAUCUUGAACCGGAAAUCACCAUCUUUCCAUCCAUAACAAAUACAUUGGGAUUGGGCUAUUCCAAAUACUCAUUACAAAGGGGUAAAAAGACUCUAAAAUGGGUCGAUUUUGACAUUUUUCUGAUUGAUAGGGUCAGGAAACUUGUAAUUUAUUUUAUUUCCUAACUUACUAUUGUAAAAACAAAUAUAAAAAUUGAAUCAAGAAAUGGUUAAUAAAAAAAAAUAAGCAAUAAUAAAAAAAUAUUCAAAAUUUGCCAAUUUCUCACCCUAGUCUCCCCUUAAAGUGACUUAGACUUUUGAAAAUGAGGUAUAAACUACCGGAACCAGGCAUUUUAAUUUAUCAUUUAUGGGUCUUUAACUAAAACGUUCCCUUAAAACGAUUGAGGAUAGAAAAAACUUGCUUGUAAAAGUGAGAAUGAGUCAUAAGGGCUAAACUACCAGAGCCUGACAUAUUUAGAUGAUAUUUAUAGGUCCCUAACUUGCCUUAUUAAAAAGUUCUCUUAAAAGAAUAAACUGGUCUUGCUUGUACAUGGACAAUGUGCAACAACCCUAAACUAACAACCCCCAAUACAAUGUUUAAUAAAACAAAACACAUGAAUUUUGAAUUAAGUAAUUACAUUUAAUAAAAUAUGAUUUUAUGAGCAUAUGGCGUGGACGACACCACCAAUUUUGAUGUUAUUUUAUCAAACAUGAAAUAUCAUUUCUCCAUUCUGAAGUAAAAAAAAAAAGUUGAAUAAAAAGUCUUUUAGUUCCGUGAUGAGGAUUUUGUUAUCUUUUUUAUAUUUGUGUUAUACUCUUUAUAUUUCUAAUUGUAUUAACCGUAUAAAUAGAUACUCUAAACCUUUUGCUUUUGAAUAAUCUAUAUUAUUUUAUUCUUUUCAAAUCCUGGGGGGAAAGUUGGCUGAAACAGAUAUAUUUUGGGAUCAUGGCUUAACAAGGUCGCAGACCGCCGAUUUAAAUGAAUAAAUUCUGCUUUUUUAAUUUAUAAUUUUACCAAUAACCACCCAUGCUUGGGAAAAUUAAAACCUAAAAUGGAAAAAAAAAUAUCUUCAAUUAAUUCCAUUUAAAAAAAAAAAUGUAUGUUCCUGUAAAAUCUUUUCUUAUCCACGCAAUAAAAUCCAACUUGAAAUUUGUAUAAAAAUGUUUUAGAUUCAAACUACAAAAUAUGGCUACUAUCAAUUACAACAUUUGUAUACAAGUCAGAUGAUAUUAAAUUCAUCACUUUUUUUAUGAUCACUCCAUAUUUUUUUUACUGGUUUCUAUGCUACUCAACCUGUUAGCUGAUGAUAACACAAGUACAUUGAUAAAAAUAUGAUUUGUUUCUGUAUAAUGCAAGCAGACAAUAUACUGCAACAGUCCAAAAACCAGUGAAAUUGAAACGUGGUUGCCCCAUUUCUGUUGCGAGUAGCAUGGGGGUCACAGAAAGUUGAGAAUCCAAGUGACAAAUCUGCAGUGUGAACUUACCUUUAGGUUUGCCGCUGUAUAUUUAUAUGAUAUAUUAUGAUCAUGUCAUAACUCAUAUCGAGUUGUACUAAACUUUCAUUACAUAUACCGGGUACACACUUCUCCCUUUACAUAGUAGAUAAAGUUUUUAAUGAUUUUUUAUAUAUCAACUUGACAUACCUUUUGAAUGUCAAAUCGUCACAGGCAUCUUUUUUCAACUUAAAUCAAACUGGAUCUAGAAUGCACAUUUUGUACCAAGCCUUCUGUCAUUGCUUUCAGAUUUCCUCUCACAACUUUUCAAUGAUGAAUGACAGUCACGAUGGUAGUGAGGAUGCCCAUCUAGAGCCUCUAAUGGCACAAGGAGGAUAUGAUGUUGACAAUGGUACGAGCCACCACUUCUCAAUAUAAUGAAACUGCUGGAAAGAGAAGAAGCAAAAUCCCAACAAAUCAUCUCAUUGUUUAAAUGGGAUUCAAUUUUACUAAUAUUGAUGCCACUUUGGCUAUAAUGUUCUGGUAGUUACAAAAACAUUAAAAGAAAAUAUCCAGCAUAAUUUUUGUCUAAGCUUGUGCUGUUUAUAAAAUAUAGAUUACUCUGCAUUUGCAUUUUUUAUCUUCAUGAGAUACAUGUAAAGAUGAUUGUGAUAAAUUACUGUAGCAAUAUUCAUGGGUAGGGUUAGUAACUAUUUUGGAAGUUUAAUCUUAGACUCUAAUGAAUAAAUUUGGACCAGAAAUUAUGACUUUACAGAAAUUUAUUUAAUGGUAAAACUCUUUUGUUUAAAAAAUAAUCAUGCAUUUACACAAAGUUAGAUGAUCAUCCAAUGAAUAAAAAUUCCUUUAAGAUAAUCUUUAAUCAUAUCUAAUUUUCUCAUGUAUUUAUGUACACAUUUUAAUUCUUUGUUAAUUUACUUUGUAUCCACUCAGAAAAUGGUGUAUUGGGCUCACCUGAUAUGGAGGAUGAGAAGCCGGCAGAUGAACCCCUCAGGGAGCAGGUACAUUUCAGUUUUUAAAUUGUUUUAAAAAAAUGUUUGUUGGACCCUAGCUAACAAAAAUGCUUCUGUAAUUGACCUUCAACUUCAAAGUUUCCAUUGUCACUGCUGUGCCAUCAUUUAUCAAAUAAAAGCUUUAAAAUACAAAUUUUAAUCAUCAGUAUUAUUAUUAUUAUUUAUGGUGUGAUUCAAAUUAUAUUCUGAGAAACUAUCAUAAAGACUUUUUGAUGUUUGAGACUGUCUGUACCUUUUUAUUUUUUAUUUUUGGAAGUUAAAAGACUAUGAAUAUAGGGGUUGGGGAAUAUUUGGGAUUAUUAUAAAGUAUUAUUAUAAAGUAUAUGACCAGGAGAUUGUGAUGUUGACAUGGUACACUUGGGUAUAUAAUAGGUUAACUAGAGGCUCUCUCAGGCCUUUCAGUUUGCCUUAAGUGAAAGCAGAAUAUCAACAUAAAAAUUAGAUAAUAUUGGGCACUUGGUUUACUUGCAUUUCUCAUGAGCAUUGUUUUUUUGUUUUUUUUAAACUUAAGACAUAUUUUAAAAAAAAUUAAACUUCGAUUGGAAUAAUUAAGCUUUAAAGAAAAAUAUUUCCUUCAAUUUAUUUUAUGUUAUCGCACCUCAACUUCAUCAGUACAAUACUAAAUAUUAUAUGUAUAAAUUAUAUAUUUUAGGAUAGAUUCCUACCUAUUGCUAAUGUUGCUAGAAUAAUGAAAAAAGCUGUGCCAUCAACAGGAAAGGUAUGUGCUAAAGAGAAAAUAGAGGUAAACAAUAUUUUAAAAUAAAACUAUGAUAUAAUAAUGAGGUAAAUAUUUUGAGCUAAUUAUAUUAAUGUUUUUUUUUUUUUUUAAAUAUUACUUCGAACUGUUAUAUCAGACAAUCAUUACACUUUUUAUUACAGUGGUAAUAUUUAUGCAGACCUGCCAAUCCUUCCGAUUUUUUCGGAAUGAUAUGGAUUUUUUACCCCUCAUUCCGACCUUCCGACAAACCCCUUAAAAUUCAGAUUUUUAGAACUUUAUAAGUUUUCAUCAGUCGUAAAAAUCUGAAAGGGACCAAGAAAAACCAGAAGUGUUGCAUUUCUUUUUACGAAGUGUCCUUAAGUCCGGCGACCGGACAAAUAAGUGAAUAAGUUCUCGAAAUAUUCGCCAAGCCACUUUAUAUUUGACCAAAUCACAUGACAGCGUAGCAAAGUUGUGCGAGAUAUUUGUCCGUCAGCUUUCUCAUGUGGCCGCUAAUUUUCUAUCAGAGUUUACAGUACUUCAUUUCAACAAAUUCAAAAUAGUCUGGACACUUACAUGAAAAAGUAAGCAAUUCUACAAAAGAAAUACUAGAACCAUUGCUGAUAUAUAUUUAAUGAACAAUUGGUUAAAAAGUGACAUUGUUUUUUAUAAAGUGUGACAUGCCAGCCGGAUGAACAUCUCCCGCACUAUUUGUUGCCUGACGUGUACACACUGCCUUGUUUUUAUUGAAGCGAACCGUGAUCUUCAAAUCAUUCUUCAGUCAUCAAUUAUUGCGAUCGUGAUUCAUCCUUUUACAAGGCUAAAAAACAUUUCCGAAUUUUUUUUUUGUUAGAGCUUUUCUUAAUUAAUUCGUUAAAUCUAUUGAAAGUGGUGGGUACAAUGGUAUUGAUAAGCAUAUAAACAUAUUUUAACCCCAAAAAACAUAAAACUGCAGCUAAAAGUAAAAGUAAUCCAUGUCUAAUUAAAAGUUUUUUUGCUAAGGAAUCCUAUCGUUUUAAUGCCAGAGUCAAAGAAAUGUUUUCAGCCUCGCAUAUUGCUAGAAGAUUGUGAAGCAAAAUUACAAUGAAACAAGGGCAAGCAUGACAGUUGAUACUCUUUCUAACUUGCUUGUAAAAUCAAUUGCAAGGCAAUGCUAACCUUCAGUUGUCCAACCAAAGAGCUGUUGGACAAGUGCAAAAAGGGAUAUGCUGGAAGACUGAACUCUUAGCUGCCUGUGUACAUAUGUAAAUAAAAUGGAUCUUCUGUCCUGUACUGUAUAUAAACAUUUUCAGUAAUGUUUUUCUCAUGUUCUGUGGACUCUUCAAAGACAAUGGAAGUAACUUAAUAUUUCUUUAUUUACUAUAAAAAAAAAAGGCUUGUGCAUUAGUUUAUAGAUCUUUAAAGCAACGCCCCCCCCCCCCCCCCCCCCCCCUCCCCCGGGGCCCCCCCCCCCCCUAAUGUUUUUCUCAUGCUCUGUGGACUCUUCAAAGACAAUGGAAGUAACUUAAUAUUUCUUUAUUUACUAUAAAAAAAAAAGGCUUGUGCAUUAGUUUAUAGAUCUUUAAAGCAACGCCCCCCCCCCCUCCCCGACACGGUCCCUGGGGGUCAGCCCCCCCAAUACGGUCCCUGGGGGUCAGCAGCCCCCUUUCCCCCUGCAUGCAACCCCUCUCUACAGAUUUUUUUUUUGUUAGGUUGGCAGGUCUGUUAAGGCCAUUUUUAAUUUUUAGACCUGUCAGAGGUCCAUAAUAUAUUGCAUCGAUUCGUAUCAUCAAAUAAUUCUUCACUAUCAUUUUUUCAUCGCAGAUUGCCAAAGAUGCAAAAGAAUGUGUUCAAGAGUGUGUGUCAGAGUUCAUCAGUUUUAUCACCAGCGAGUAUCCUUUACAAAUUUAAAAUAAUAUAAAUACUGAUGGUCUCUGAAAUAUUUAGAUGUUCCUACAAAAAAAUUGUUAAUUAUUGAAAUUAAGGUCAAUGUGUUCAGCCCUUCAUUGACUUUGGAACCUUAAAAUGGUAAAUCCCUUUUUCCCAUAACUCGUCUGUGUGCAAGAGCAAAUCCUUUAAAUACCAUCUCAUUGCUUACACUUUUAUAUCAGACAAGGAUGUAUUAAAAUAAAAUUAAAUUAAGACAUAAAAGAAAAACCUUUAUUUUUAUGCUUGCAUUAAAAUGAAAUAUUAUCUAAUUGACAUUAGACCAAUAUGUUUAUUCAGAAACGUUAUUAAAAAAAAUCUUGCCAUGAUUCAUUGCUUAAUAAAAUAUCAGAGCCAGUGAGAGAUGCCAUCAAGAGAAAAGAAAAACCAUCAAUGGAGAGGACAUAUUAUUUGCCAUGUCAACUUUAGGGUUUGAUAAUUAUGUUGAACCCCUCAAACUUUAUCUUCAGAAAUAUAGAGAGGUUUGUAAAACUAUUAAGAUUUGUAAAAGCAAAACAAUUUAUUCAAGUACAUUGAUACAUUUUAUAAAUGGUUUAAGGUAGAGCCUAUAAAACAUUUAUAUAAAAUCACAGUAAUUGAGUUGUAUAUGUUGCUUUGUUAUUGAGUUAAGUUUUUAUUUUGAUGUUUACACAGUAGCCUGUGUACUGAUGUUCAGAUUAUAUUUCAAUCGAUUUUCGUCCUCUUAAAAAUACCGAAUUGAAUUAUGCCAUUCAUAUUUGCUGAUAGAUGGUGAAGUACUAGCUUUUUUAACAGUUUCUUCUUUAAAAAAAUACCAUUUUAGUGUUCUAAAGGAGAAAAAAGUGUAGGAACGUUGCAAGGAACAGAUACAAAUGAUGAGCUCUCAGCUGAUGAAGUGCUUAGUAUUGGUAUGUAACAACAGUUUUUUAAUUUAAAACUUCCAUCUAAAUCAUUAAGAUAUUCAAAAUUUCAAACUUUUUUCUUGUUUUCUCUUAGAUUUUUCAAAAUACAGUUCUAAUGAAUCAACACUUAAUGAAAUAAUGUUUUGUUUUGAGCUGUAGAAAAAUCUGACUUUUCUUGACAAUGAGCGUUGUUGAUAUUGUUAAGCACUGCCCUCUAUAGUGAGAUCUUAAUCUCUUAUUUUAAUUGUAUGGCUCGUUCAAGCAGUGCAUAACAAAGGACGAUACUAUAGAGAAAUACAAUAGAAAAAUACGACACUCAAAACAGUACUAAUUACAAUUAAUAAUAUUUAUUUAAGUAUUAAUAAUUACAAAACAAAAGAAAUAUAAUUACAAAUCAUCAACUUACGGAGUAUGUUAGAUCUUGUACCGGUACACAGUUAGUACAAUGUGCUAAUUAAUAAUGUAGAAUGACGAAUGCGAAUAAACACAUAUGAGUACACAAAGAAUAAUAACACUUGUCUCGUAAAGUUAAAAAUAUCUAUAUGAAUCUCCGUGAAUCUCUGAAACCCUUUAUUUAUAUAGUGGGUCUACCGACAAGUCCAGAAACGCCUUUGACAUUGUUUAUGUUUCUCGUCAAAUCGAGAAAGUUCCACAAGAUACCAGGAGACAAACUAACCAUGUUUAAUUGGUAGUCGGCAGUAAACACAACAGAUCAAAGGACUAAGCCACACCCAUUUGUAAACGUAGCGUCUGCUAGGAAUCUAAUUUGGGGUCAAGCAAAGUUCACGCAUGGGGAGAAGUGUCCUACAUAACAAUAUGUUAAGGACAUUCAAGUAUCCUGAAUUAGAGGCUAAAACACAACAACAAACUAUUACGUAUGCAGUACAAGGAUGAUUGUAUCUCCUAGCUGCUUAAGUCAUAUCUCGUCCCCCUAGAAUAACAAGGUUCUAUGUGCCUAUUUAAUCCAAUCAACUUAGAACAUUGUUAUUCUAAGGGGACGAUCUGUUGUCUGUAUUCUGAGAGAAAACUUUGAACUUCAUUGUCUUUUAGAGAGUAUGAAAUAAAGUUAAAUUAAAUAUUAUCAUUGUUUGGUUUUCAGCUCAUCUACAGCCGCCUUUGUCUGGUACCAUGCUCACAGAUCAGAAUGGACAACAAAAUGUUAUAUACACAACAACUUAUACACCUGGACAGGUAAAAUUGUUGCCUGAGAAUCUUCAAAUUCAGUGUCACUGGCCAAUUGUCCUAAAGCAGGAUGAAUGAAAGUGUUUGCAAUGUACGCAUUAGGAUUUUUAAAAAAAUGUGGCUGUUUAUAAAUGUUAUUACCUUAUUAUAAAAGUUAUGCUACUGUUUAAACCAUUGAAGAAUGUAUCGGCAAGCGGAAACUAUGUUUUCUUGCUUGGAGUGAUUGUAAUCGGUGUUAGUGAAGGUCGUCAGCAUUUUAACUUGCUCCGUUUCAGAUUCAACAGUUGAACUUUGGCUGACCCCAGCAUCACAUGACAUCCCCCCAGUACCAAUCAUUCAUUUGUACAUCAGACUAAAAAAAAGAUGAAACAUAGUGCCAACUGUUAGCCAUCAGCUCAAACUAUGUUGAUUUAGACAAAAAAAUAGGUCAGAUUUUAAUUGUGAUACAUAAUAAUACUACUUUUAACACACAUUUUAUGCUUUAUAAAAAUAUUAAUUUGCACUUAUAUAUAGUAAAUGAUAUUUUGGAGUAAUUAGAUUACCAUUUCUAAUUAAAAAAAAAAAUAAAAAUAAAUAAGUAUUACUUUUUAACUUGAACUUUAUUUUGUAGCUUUGAAUAAGUUAUCAAAAUUAUGGGACAAGAGUUAAAUUACACAACGUUUUAUUUCAAGUGUUUUUUCUGAAGAACGCAACUCUAGCAUACCUAAUAAAAAUAGCCUUUUUCUUCUACAUAACAUUUGUAUUCUCUGUGAGUCUUAUUAGCUGCUUGCUUUUACAUGCUAAAUUAAUGUGGUAAUUAGCAUAACAUAAAAAAUUAAAUAGUUCUAUUAUUAUUUGUGCAUAAUCUGAGUUUUGUCAAUCUGACAUAUAUUGUGGUGCUGAGUAGAAUUUUUAGAAAUUAAUAAUGAAACCCUUGUAUCCAACCAUUAUGAGAAUAUAGUAAGUCAUAAGAACAUUAUAGCUGUGUGGCCCCUUAGUGCACUAAUGGGGUGUGAGUACCGGAUUUAUUUCUAAUUGUUUUUAAAAAAAAGUAACUUCACUUUUUAUUAAAAAAAAGUCCUUUGAUUUAUGAGAAAUCUGAAGGAGGCAUUGUAACUCAAUUUUAAGAUACCGGUAUGCCAUUUUUUUCAAAAUAAAUGCAAUAUAAUUACCAAAGACAAAAAAAUAUUUUUAGAAAAUUCAAGAGUAAAGUAAUUAUUUACUAAAUUUCAAUUUUAAAAAAUUACAGACCUGGUUUCUCUUACAAUUACGCUGUACGAAUAUGAAAUGUCUUUUACGAGAGUAUGCUGAGACCUUCCAUAACUAUGAUUUUAAGGGAAUGGGUUGAACAUUUAUUCUGGGAGUUUUUACCAUUUAAAAAUGUACUUUUUUUGGGUUAGUUUAAGCUCCUUCCUACAUCCGGCAGGGAAUGGACACAGAAAUAGGAUUGGUUGGUGACCAUCCAUAAUUACAUUACAUUCACACUGAGAGGCGAAAAGUUGGCGGGGGAGUGGGGGCUGUUGACGUAGGAGUGUAUGGAUGUGAAAGGGAGGGAGUAUUUUUAAAGGCUAUAAAUUAUUAAUAACACUGCCUCCUUUUGUAAUGAUGAUUGUGAUAUUGUUGCUGUGUAUUUUCACAAUGAACUCACUAUAUACCGAAUUUAGCUUAGUCGCUUUAGUGGCAAAUUUUGUCAAAUUUCACUUAGUUUGCCUCAGGCGUCAAUACUGUGUGACAUAACUAUUUCAUUCUUCAGCUGAACUGUGGCGUUGGUAAAAAUGGAGAAAAGUACAGCUUUUUUUUUUCAAAUGCAUUUUUAACUGUUCCACACAACAGUCUUAGAUUUUGAGAUAUUUUAUAAGAUCUAGUUUGCGGCAUUUGAAAUCUAUUUUAAGAAGCCACUAAGCAGCUGACCAAUUUUAAUUCUCCAGCACUCCCAUUACAGCUUGCAGUAGAUAUGUUAACAUAAAUUAAAACCAGGCUCCUAUGCUUAAUGCUCCUAUACUUUUUUUACACAUAAGAUGUGAAUGGUUAUUAUAUAUUUAUUUGCUAUUAUGAUAUGGUAUUUUACAACUUAGAGAUGGUAAAAUGCAAUUUUGAAAUUAGGUUGUAUUAAUUUGGGAGUUCCAAAGCAACCAGGUCUGUAAUUAAAUGGAAAUAUAUGUUUUAAUGAGUACUCCCUUGGCAACUUUUAAAUUUCAUUGUAAUAUAUGCUUUGGUUUUAUUAGAUUUUUUUAUUUUCCAAUCUACUCCCUAGAACCAUUUGCCGACAAACACCACUGAAAAUAAAUAUCCCAUAUAUGUUUAAUUGCCAACGUAAUGAUUCCUAAAUAUUGCUCAGUAUUAAAUAAGUUCACUUCCAAUUAGUAACAAAAAUAUUGGGAAAAAAACCCUUCAUAAUUCUUGUAAAUAUUGUAGCCAGUAUGUCUAUACAUCUUACAUCAUCCACCCCUUAUGCCAAUGUUGGAAGAUGCUCCAGAGCUAGUUAGUUCUUUCUUUUCUAAAUUGUUGAACAUUGUUGCAUUAUUUCCCCUAUUAUUACAACACUGUUUUGGAUAGUGCUACUAUCCUUUGUACAGGUUUUAUGUAAAUAGCAAAAUGAAGUAAUUGUUGAAUGCCUUUGUAAAUUAUUUUGCCCUGGAUGUUUAUUAUUGUCAUGUAAUUUUUUCCAUUGUAUCCUGAUGUUUGCUAGGAAGGUUAAUAUAAGAACUACAUUCUUGAAAAAAUAUGUGCUUAUGAUAAAAUAUCUGAGCUGAUUGACUUAUUGCAGAAAAAUAAAAAUCUAUUCUAGUGCUCUUUGGAUCUUUUCUUUGUGAAUGCUAAACAAAAUUUUUUUUUGUUAAAUGGUAAACUUUAAAAAAUUUAAUUAAUUAUGAAAUUGAC